AUGGAGAAGUUGGUUGCUUGUCCGCAUGAAAGGCCAGAUGCUCUCUAUAGGCUGAUAUGCUUUCCAUGGGUUGGAAGUGGAGCUUAUUUUGCUCAAUGGGGAAGCCUCUUCAGCGGUUCAAUUGAAGCAUCCUCUGUAAGCCUUCCUGGAAGAGAAUCUUGUCAAGGGGAGCCUUUUGCAAAAGACAUGACAGAUGUAGUUAAUUAAAUUGCAAAUGUUUUGUUAAGGGAACUGCAAGAAAAACCAUUUGCAUUUUUUGGUCACAGUUUUGGAUCAUAUGUUAGUCUUGCAGUUGCACUACACUUGAAAGAAAAGUAUGGACUAGAACCAAUCCGUCCUUUUUAUCAGGGGAAAACAACAGUUAAGUGGCUUGUUCAUUGUCUUCCCGUUCUCAGAGGGCGUUUGCUAUUUCCAUUCUUCUGCUUCUGGGGCUUUUUAAGCAAUCCUGAGUACGAGCUAUUUGAAGCAUUUACUUAUGUCAAAACCGCACAUGAGGGAAAAGAUGAGGACAUCCUUGCAUAUCUAGAAAUUUUAGGAGGAACUCCUUCUGAGCUUAUGCAAAAUAAAGACAGUAAGAAACAUCUGAUAAAUACUCUCAGAGAAGACUCUAGAGUACUUCACACAUGGUCUUCUGAGAUGGCAGAUGGGAAUAUCCCCUUCUCUUGUGAUACUACCUGCUUUAAUGGGUCUGAAGAUCAGCAAGCACAUGAUUUAGAAUCCUGGAAUGAUCUAACAAGUGGAGGUACUUCCUUCUACAAACUUCCUGGAGGUCACUUUUGUCUGCUGGAUCCCUCUAAUGAAAUUUUCUUGGUAAAACAGAUAACAAGCUGUAUGGAACAUGCUGGCCUAAGAGUAUUUCCCUCUAUUUUAAUGGCAGACAGUAUAAGAUAA